AGUCUCUCUGAGUUGAGGCACUUGAAUCAGUUACAAAAUCUAGACAUACACAUCCAUUGUUCUUCCCAUUUUCCUCAGAAUUUGUUUUUUGACAGGUUGAAUAGUUACAAGAUUAUCAUUGGUGAAUUCAACUUACUUAACUUGCUUACAGUGGGAGAAUUCAAAGUCCCUAACAAGUAUGAGGAGGUGAAAUUUUUGGCAAUAAACCUAAAAGAAGGUAUUGAUAUUCAUUCUGAAAAAUGGAUUAAAAUGUUGUUCAAAACUGUUGAAUGUUUGUUGUUGGGAGAACUCAAUGAUGUUCAAGAUAUUUUCUUUGAAUUAAAUAUUGAAGGAUUUCCAAAUUUGAAACAUUUAUCCAUCGUAAACAAUUUUGGCAUUAACUAUAUUAUCAAUCCAAGAGAGCGAUUUCACUCUUUUGUGGCUUUUUCCAAAUUAGAAUCCUUAUGGCUUUACAAAUUGGAUAAUUUGGAAAUAAUAUGUGACAAUCAGCUUGUAGAGACCUCUUUCUGCAAUUUAAAGGUCAUCAAGAUUCAAACAUGCAUUAAAUUGGUAAACAUUUUCCUAUUUUCUAUGGUUAGACUCCUCACUUUGCUUGAAACAAUAGAAGUGUGUGAUUGUGAUUCUUUGAAGGAGAUAGUUUCAAAAGAAAGUCAAACUCAUACUAUCAGCUAUGAUAAGAUUGAGUUUCCCCAGUUACGACUUUUAACAUUGAAGUAUCUACCAACAUUUAUUUAUUUAUAUAGUGUUGAUAAGAUUCCUGGUAGUGCACACUCGUUGCAAGACCAAAUAUUCCAACAAAGGAACAAAGAUAUUGUUGUUGAUGUUGAUCACAAGGUGACCCAUUCUUGUCUUCCACUCUUCAAUGAAAAGGUCUCAACUCCCAAAUUAGAAUGGUUGGAGUUAUCCUCCCUCAACAUCCAUGAGAUAUGGAGUGACCAAUGUAACCAUGGUUUUCAAAAUUUGCUCACAUUGAAUGUGACAGAUUGCAGUAAUUUAAAGUAUUUACUAUCAUUCUCUAUGGCUGAAAGUUUGGUGAAUCUUCAAAGCAUUUUUAUAAGCGAAUGUGCAAUGAUGGAGGAUAUAUUUCGUCCGGAAGAUGCAGAGUAUAUUGAUGUUUUUCCUAAGUUGAAAAAAAUGGAGAUUAUCUACAUGGAGAAACUCUGUACCAUUUGGAAAUCUGAUAUUGGUUUACAUUCCUUUAGCAAUUUGAACUCUUUGAUGAUAAGAGAGUGUAAUGAACUCGUUACAAUUUUUCCUAAUUAUAUGGGACAAAGAUUGCAAAGCGUUCAAAGCUUGACAGUUACAGACUGCGAAUUGGUUGAAAACAUAUUUGAUUUUGCAAAUAUUCCGCACACUUGUGAUAUUAUUGAAGCAAAUUUGGGUAAUAUAUUUCUAAAAAAUCUGCCGAGUUUGGUGAACGUAUGGAAGGGUCACACCGGUGAAAUAUUCAAAUGUAGUAAUUUGCAAAGCAUAAGAGUUGAUGAGAGUCCAAAAUUGAAAUAUCUCUUUCCUGUUUCUAUUGCCAAUGACCUACAAAAACUAGAAGUCCUUGAGGUAUGGUACUGUUGGGCAAUGACAGAGAUUAUUGCUUUGGACAAACAUUCAAGUGCAACUGCUAUCACCUUUAAAUUUCCUCAUCUAAACACUCUAUCAUUAAUAGACUUGCAUGAAUUGAGGAGUUUCUACUCACGAAUUCAUACUUUAGAAUGGCCACCAUUAAAGAAAUUGAAAAUAGUCGACUGUAGCAUGCUCAAAGGAUUGACUUCAGAAAUCACAAAUUCAUCAGAACAACCAAUUGUUUUAGCAACAAAAAAGUCAAUAUAUGACUUGGAAAACAUGUCGGUGAGCUUGAAGGAAGCAGAGUGGUUGCAGAAAUACAUUGUUAAUAUUUAUAGAAUGCAUAAACUAGAAAAACUUACCUGGUAUAGAUUGAAGAAUAAUAAAAUUCUGUUUUGGUUUCUUCAUAGACUUCCCAAUUUGAAAAGUCUAACACUAGGACAUUGUCACAUGAAAAGAAUUUGGACUCCUGAAAGUCUUAGUUCAUGUGAAAAAAUAGGUGGUGUUAUGCAACUUAAAGAGUUAGAAUUACGUAGAAUGUGGUCUCUCGAGGAGAUUGGUUUUGAACAUGAUGUGCUUCUUCAAAGGGUAGAAUGCUUAAUCAUCCGUGGAUGCAAAAAAUUGAGAAAUCUAGCAUCAUCCUCGGUAUCUUUUAGUUACUUAACAUCCUUACAAGUGGUGAACUGUAUGAUGAAGAAUUUAAUGACACUCUCAACUGCUAAAACCUUAAAUCAACUCACAACGAUGAAGGUAAGUUCAUGUCCAUUAAUUGUGGAAAUUGUUAAGGAAAAUGAAGAGGAAAAAGUCCAAGAGGUUGAGUUUAAACAAUUAAAAUCAUUAGAAUUGGUGUCUCUAAAAAAUCUCACAAGUUUCUCUUGUGCUGAGAAGUGUGGAUUAAAAUUCCCACUACUAGAAAAAUUAGUAGUAAGUGAAUGCCCUCAAAUGAGAAAAUUAUCUGAAGUUCAAAGUGCUCCAAACCUACAAAAAGUACAUGUUGAAGCAAGAGAAAAAGACAAAUGGUAUUGGGAAGGUGAUUUGAAUGCCACUCUACAAACACAUUUCACAAACCAGGUUUCUUUUGAAUAUUCAAAGGAUAUAAAUCUUGUUGAUUAUCCCGAGAAGAAAGUUCGACAUGACAAAUUUGCUUUUCCGGACAAUUUCUUUGGUUGUUUGAAGAAAUUGGAAUUUGAUGAAGCAUGUAAAAGAGAUACUUUGAUUCCUUCUCAUGUACUACCUUAUUUGAAGAACUUAGAAGAAUUGAAUGUGGAGAAAUGCGAAUCAGCACAACUAAUAUUUGACAUAGAUGAGAGUGAAAUCCAGACGUAUGGA